CGCCGCUGUCACCGCCGAUGUCUCACUUCUUCCAGAAGCCCGAGAACGCGCUCAAGCGCGCGAAUGAGCUCCUCAACACACCCAACGCGGAUGCGGGCGUCGUCAAGCGCCAAAAGCGCAAUGCGUUGGAGAUCUUGCAUGAAGCGUUGAUCGCCAAGAAGAACCGCACGUGGCAGCCGACGCAUGAAGUGUUGAUGGUGACCUACUUGAACAUUACGAUCGACCUUCAGCUUGGCCGUAUUGCCAAGGACGGUUUGCAUCAGUACCGCAACCUUGUGUUGGCGCAGAACCCUGCGUCGUUGGAGAAAGUGCUGCUGUUCUUUGUGAGCGAGUCGGAAAAGCGUGUUGCCGAGGCGCGCAAGCACUCGACGGAGCUGUCGAUCUUGGCGUCGGUGGAUUUGGAGUCUUCCCAGUCCCCUGAAGCCGUCAUGAUGAGCACCACCACGGCAGAAGACUCGGCCGACCGCACGGACCGCGCGCUCGUGCUUCCGUGGUUGCGCUUCAUGUGGGAAACGUACCGCACCGUACUCGACAUCCUUCGCUGCAACACCAAGUUGGAAGGUCUGUACAAGGAGGUGGCGCUGAGCGCAUUCGCGUUUUGCCGCACGUACGUCCGCAAGAUCGAGUUCCGUCGGCUGUGCGAAAUCCUGCGCACGCACUUGUACACGAUGCAGCGCCACGAAGCCGCGCCGACGACCCAAAGCAUCCGUCAAAUGCGCGGGUGGGAAGGGUGGAGCGCCGAGUCGGUCGAGUUGCAUCUAACGAUCCGCUUUGACCAAUUGGACGCCGCCACACACCUCGAGCUGUUCACAGAGGGCUUCCGCACGGUCGACGACAUCCACGCGAUCAUGCAGUUCUGGGCGACGCCGCCGAAAGCCGCCAUCAUGGCCACGUUCUACAAGAAUCUCGCGCAUAUCUUUUAUGUAUCCAAGAACCACUUGCUUCAUGCAUUUGCGCUCUUCAAGUACUACACGUUGCUGCAACGCGAAGGCACGGUGCUGCCCGACCCUGAGCAACGCCAGCUGGCGUCGGCGGUCGUCCUCGCUUCCUUGUCCAUCCCCAUCCGGAAUCACCAUAGCAUCCUCCUGGAGAAUGCCGAGACCGCCGCGGGCCUGCUCGAAGAAAAGGAUGAACACAUGGCCGCGUUGCUUGGAUACACGAGCUUGCAGCCGCCGACCCGCCGCCAGUUGCUGGACGACAUGACGUCGUUGCGCAUUGUAAACACGGCGCUGCCCGAAGUGGCGGCACUGUACGACCAACUGGACCGAUCGUCCGCCAUCGACCCCCUUCGCAUCGUGUCGCAGAUCCAGCCCUCUCUGGCGGUACUAACAUCACACUCGUCGCUUCACGCGUACGUGCCAUUCCUGGAAGAGCUGACGAUCCACCUCGUUCUGGAGCAACUCACACACGUGUACUCGUCUGUGACACUGUCGCACUUUUACAACAUGACGAACGGGUUGUCGUCGGCGUCGCCGCGGGAGAUUGAGCAGCUGAUUGUGCGCAGCCGCAAGGACCCGACCGCGUCCGUGCGCGUCCGCAUCGAUCACGCGAGCCAAUGCAUGCGUUUCUCGCCCGUGUUGGCGUUUGAAAGCCAAGCCAAGCACUUGACGCGGCUCGGGAAGUCGCUGCAAACCGUGCUCGACAAGGUUACGCCGCCACCUAGUUCUUCGGUUACAUUGACGGCCAAGACAAAGUUACCCGCGACUCGCGCCGCCAUGCUGCAUCGCCGUGUCCGCAUCGAACAGCACAAGGAAGCGUUUGAGAAGCUCCAGGUGGAAAAAGCCAAGGCGGAUGCUCGAAAGAAGGCCGAGGCCGAAGCGCACCGCGCCAAACUCGAAGCCGAUCGGUUAGAACACGAAGCCAAGAAGCGCGAGCUGGAAAAAGUGCAAAAGAUCAAGGAAGAUAUUGCGCGCAAAGACGCCAAGUCGAUUUUGGCCAAGUUGGGCAAAGACACGGCCGACGUCGACUUUGACACGAUGGACAAGAACAAGUUGCUCCAGGAAGCCAAGGAUAAGGCGCUGAAAGCCAAGGAAGACGCGCAGCGAAAGCUCAAGGACGCCGCGCGGACACUGGACCAUAUUGUGCGCGCGACACGGGAGGCCGAGUUUCCGAUUUUGCAUGCGCAAUUUCAAGCCAAGCAAGCCCAGGACAAGCUCGCGUUUGAGCAAACGUGGGCGGCGACGCUCGUCGCGGCAGAACACGCGCACACGUAUGCAGUGUCGCAGAAAGCUCUGUAUGACCAGUGCCAGCCGCUGUCGACGGCGUUCCGCGCGGCCCACGAAGCCCGUCAACGGGUUAAGGUUCAAGAAAAACUCAAGCAGGAAGCGCUCCGCCGCCAAGUCGAAGCGCUCGAAGCCAAGGUGGACCGCGCCCAGACCCGCAAAGCUGACCACGAAGCCGAGAUUCGCCGCCAACAAGAAGCCGAACGCAAGCGCGUCGAGCUCGAGGCCCGCGCCGAACGGCUGCGAGAGGAAGCCGCCGCGCGGGAUGCGGAAGACGCGCGCCGCCGCCAAGAAGAGGAGGAAGAGGCCGAACGUGUCCGCCAAGAAGAGGCCAGCAAGCCCAAGAAGUACACGCCCCCCAUCGCCCGCGACCAGACAGACCAAGGCGACAAGUGGUCGACUGUGCCCCGGGCGGGGAGCCGCCGCUUCGACGAAGCGUUCAAGGGCCGCGAUGCCCCACGAGAGGGCUUUGGCACCCGCGGAGGUGUCGGCAUCCGCAGCUUCCGCGGGGACGACGACGGUCCCCCUCCCUCUUCUCGUUUUGGAGGCGAUCGCGACGGGCCUAGCCGAUUCGGUAGCCGAGAUGGGCCUAGCCGAGAUUUUGGUAGCCGAGAUGGGCCUAGCCGAGAUUUUGGUAGCCGAGAUGGGCCUAGCCGAGAUUUUGCCGAGAUGGGCCUAGCCGAGACUUUGGUAGCCGAGAUGGGCCUAGCCGAUUUGGUGGAGACCGUGAAGGUGGCAGCAGCCGCUUCGGCGACCGCGACGGUGGCGCGCCUCUUCGUCGGUUUGGCGACUCGUCGGACGCAUCUCGUCGCUUUGGGUUCGGCGGCGACCGCGACGGCCCUCGGGACGACGGACCGCCUCGCCGCGAAGGUUCAUUCCGACGGGAUGCGCCUCCGUCGCGCGCACCCGAAGGUGGCCGAUGGUAAUGCACCUAUAGUAGGACCGUCUUACAUCCAUAUUUAA